AUUAGUGUUCUAAAAGUAACACAGGAUCAUUCUGCUCUGAACUUAUGAUUAGGAACUACGAUAUAGAAUAAGGAUAUCUUACAUAUUAAAGUCACAGCUGUGAAAAGCAUAAAGGAGAAAGAUGCGGAUCUUAAUAAUGAUGAUGAUCUUUUCUAACACACUUAGCGAUGCUAAUGAAGUGUGCAACCGUACCAAUUGUGAAAAGUCAGCACCUCAGACCUGUGAACUUCUACAAUGGUCAAAUUUUACAAGUUGUAAAAUUGUCAAUUUGAACAACACUAACAUUAAGAAUAUAAAUCCAGCUUCACCGUAUACCUCGCUUCAGAAACUAGAUUUGUCUUACAAUAGCCUUAAAGAGCUACCAGAACAUUUCCUUUCUGAUGCCACUGCCAUUGAAGAAAUUCAUUUGGGGAACAAUAUUCUGGAACAGCUGCCAGAAAAUUUUCUUAGCAAUUCGUCCAAUCUGCAAGUGCUAAAACUUGAAGGAAAUCUUCUAUCUAAAAUUCCGUCAAGUGUUUUUCACUCCAGUCUCCUUCAUUUAAGUGUGGACUGCAAAUGUGAUCUGGCUAACGGUAUAAUGCAGCACCUAAAUAACACCUUGACAGACCACUCAAAGCUUUCUGUGACAUGUACAUCAUCGUCCCACUCCCAUGCAUCAAGUUUUGAAAAACUUGGUGAUUUCCUUACAGAAAAUUGUGGUUCACAAACCUAUUUGAUUCUGUACAUAGUGCUGCCGAUAUUAGCUUUGUGCCUUAUAGUUGGCGGGGUGAUUCUGUACCUGUGGAAGAAGAAAAACUCAGUUGAUUUUGGAAGCAAGAUUGACACAGAGGCGUCCCCCUCUAAUGGGCAACCACGCUACACAACAAGAAAUAACAAUGUUAUGGGAUCAACUUCAAACCAAGGUCCGAGGCAAGACUAUGAAAACGUCUUUAUUGGUCACUUGCAAACAAAGACAAAACCUUAUGAAUAUUCAAAAGAACAAAAAAAAACAGAAGCACCAAGUAAACAAACCAUGGAAGAAGACCCCUAUUUAGAGAGUGAUGUCUGUGAGGGCAAUCAACCAAUUUACAGCAACACGCAAGGAGUAUAUUACAACUGUGGUAAUCACGGUGACAUCGGUAUAAACAAAGAAGACGAUGAUGUGUAUAUUUUACCUGAUCACUGAAAAGUUAUCUAUCCAUCAAAUUUUCCUGGCUUUCGGAGGAAUCUUGUCAGCAUGUUGUUCCUGCAUUAUUUUUGAUCCAAGAAGUUACAAGACUAAACAAGUUUAUCGUCUUUUCUUAUGGGGUCAAUGGUCAUCAGUGGUUUUAUAUUUGUUCCUACUUCAUAUUUGUGAGAGGGUAUUUUAAAGAGUGAAUAUUAGACAUGAAUAUAAGUUAAGUAAUCAGGUGAGCCGACAAUUAGCUUCUGUACUUCUACUGAUGUGCAGAGGAGUAGAAUUAAGUUCCCUAGUUUUAUUGGACAAAUGGGGCAGGGUUCUCUGCCUCUUCUAGAUACGUACACCUUCCCAGUAUUUUAUCCACUCUUCCCCUACACAUUCCUACAGUUAAAUGUACUCACAUUUCUCCAACCUGACAUUCAAUAAUAGUUCUAAGAUGAUGUCUACAAAGACUUUAUUACACUGUCAGUUGGAUUCAAUACAUGUAUACAAAGCAGGUCCUGAGUGAGUUAAAAUAGUUAUAAACAUAUGUUAAGUUAGUACAUACAUUCUUCCCUGUAAAAAGCGAUUACAUAUUUUUUUUCUUUGUUUUUCUUUUAAAACAGAUACUUUGAAAAUGAAUUUGCACAUUAAAAAGAUAAAAUAACAAGACCA